AUGCGCGCGACGCCGUCGACGCUUCGAACGCCGUCCCGCGCGCGCGCGCCCGGUGCGGCGAACAGUCGGGGCUCGACCGCGCGCGCGCGCGCCAUCCAACCGCCGAAAGCGCCCGAUGCGUACCGCGGCGCGCUGUUCCCGGGCGUCGAGGUCCCCGAUAAUGAUCUCGCGCGAUCGUUCAGCGCGCUGUUUCCGUGGGGAAACGGGGCGCGGGUGACGGAGAAGGUGCUGGGGGAUUUGCUGAAGCCCGAGGUGCGCGCGGCGCCGCUCUUCGUGCCGCUGUACGAUUACUACCGCGAAUACGGCGGCGUGUACAACUUGGGCGCCGGACCGAAGUGGUUCGUCGUGGUGAGCGAUCCGGUGGCGGUGCGGACGAUGUUCAAGGACCAGGCGGAUAGCUUUUCGAAGGGGAUACUGACGGAUAUCAUGGAGCCGAUUAUGGGCGACGGGUUGAUUCCGGCGAAUAAGGAGAUUUGGGCCAAGCGUCGACCGGUGAUCGGGGCAGGAUUCCACGGGGCGUGGUUGAAACACAUGUGCAACUUAUUUGGAGCGUCGGCGAUGCGGUUGGCCGAUAAGUUGGACACGUUCGUGGAGUCGGAGAAGACGGUGGAGCUCGAGAGCGAACUGUACGCGAUGGCGCUCGACGUCAUCGGCAAGGCGGUGUUUAAUUAUGAAUUCGGGGCGUUGAAGCAAGAGACACCGAUCAUCAAGGCAGUCUAUCGCGUUUUGCGGGAAAGUGAGCACCGUUCGACGUUUCCGUUGCAGUAUUGGCAGAUUCCUGGGGCGAUGGAGCUCGUGCCGAGACAAAAGCAAUUCAAGGAGGAUAUGAAAAUGGUCAACGACGAGCUGUCAGUGUUGAUUAAUAACGCUAUCGCGUCGCGAAACGAAACUGGCUUGGAGGAAAUGGAGCGCAGAGACUAUUCUAACGUCGAAGACGCGAGUCUGUUGCGGUUUUUGGUGGACAUUCGUGGCGACGAGGCGACGAGCACGCAGUUGAGAGACGACUUGAUGACGAUGCUCAUCGCCGGCCACGAAACCACCGCCGCGGUGCUCACGUGGACGCUUUAUUUACUUGCGCAGCACCCGGAAAUCGCGGAUGAUGCGGUGGCUGAAAUUAACGCCUGUGUUGAAAACGCUGACGGCAUCCCCACGCCCGAGGAGGUGCGCAAGCUGGAAAAGGUUCGCAUGAUUCUCGCCGAGGGUAUGCGCCUGUAUCCGGCGCCGCCGAUUUUGAUUCGUCGUGCGAUUAAGGAUGUCACGCUCCCGCGCGGAGGUAACGGGAAGGAAAUCACCUUGAAAGCCGGCACCGACUGUUUUAUCGCGGUUUGGAACCUCCAUCGGUCACCUGAUUUGUGGGAGGAUCCAGAAAAAUUUGACCCGAGCCGGUUUUCGCGAAGGUUUGAAAAUCCCGCCAUUGAGGGCUGGGGCGGCUUGAAUCCCGAACUAAUGACUGGUUUAUACCCGAACGAGCAGUGCACAGACUUUAGUUACGUGCCUUUCGGUGGCGGACAGCGUCGCUGCGCCGGUGAUCAGUUUGCGAUGCUCGAGGCAGUGACGGCGUUGAGCGUCUUGUUGAAAAAGUUUAAAUUUGAGCUCGCGUGCGAGCCGGGCGAGGUCGAGAUGAUCACCGGGGCGACGAUUCACACGAAGAAAGGGUUACCUAUGAAGCUUAAGAGACGAUAG